CCAUGCAAUUCUCAGGUGUGUUUGGCCAGUGUUAUGGGUCAGAACGGAAAGAGCCUUUUUCGAGCAAAAGAGGAGAUCCUCAACCACGCCAAGGACUUUCUCAACCAAUACUUCACAUCCAUCAGAAGAUUAAACACCCCAGCGCAUAUGUCUAGGCUCGAGCAGGUCGAGAAGGAGAUCGAAACGACCGGCGGUUACGAGCUAAGCGAAACCGAAUUAAUUUACGGUGCGAAACUUGCCUGGAGGAAUUCCGUUCGUUGCAUUGGUAGAAUACAAUGGUCCAAAUUGCAGAUAGUACCGCAACCAGACAGACAGAGUAGGCGAGAAGUCUUGCAACCAAUUAUACAGAGCAAUCGUUAGAUCAAAAUGUUGGACCUUCUUGAAAAUUCCGAGAGGGCCAAAUACACGUUUCAAUUCCCUGAUGCCAUCA